AUAUGGCAGGUCCAAAUAACGGAAUAACUUGUGUAGUUGCUCUUAUGGGGAAUUGGGAUAGAUAAGGAUGGGUAGUUAUGCUGUGAUGGGAUGGACCUUUGAUCUGGAUGAACGGAGAUAUGGCAUAAUCGGAAACGAUCGCCAUGAGAUAGUAAGAUGGAUAGAUUAUGCCCGUUGUAUGUUGUGAUUGAGAACAACAGAAGGGCAUUAUAAAUAUGAAGUGUAGUUGCAAAGAUUAUAGUCGAUAUCCUCAUCUUCAUCUGUCUCUUCACAACUCAUCACCGCAACAAUGGUUUCCAAGCUCGCUCUCGCUCUCUUCUUCGGCAACGCCCUCGCUGGUCUGGCCGGACGAGCCAUUCCUCCUCGCUGCGCCAUCGCCGACCCUACCCCCGAGCAAGUCCAGCACGCUCAGAACCUCAAGAAGAUCGAGUCCAUCUCCAAAGUCGCUGCAUCUUCCAUCACCGUCGACACCUACUUCCACGUUGUGUCUUCAUCCUCCUCAAAGUACAUCACCAAGGCCAAGCUCCAAGCCCAACUCAAGGCCUUGAACGAUGCCUAUGGUCCUCAUGAUGUUACCUUCAACCUCAUCGAUACCACUUUCACCACCAACUCCAACUGGGCUGCUGGUAAUGGCGAGGUUGCUAUGAAGAGGCAGCUUCGUCAGGGUGAUUACAAGACUCUCAACUUGUACUUCACUGAUGUUGCUAAGCUUGAUGGUCUUGACGCUCUUGGAUACUGCUUCUUCCCCGAGCCCAAUGUCUCAACUGGAUCUCAGACAUUCAUCCGCGACGGUUGCGUCAUUGUCGCUGAGACCGUCCCUGGAGGUUCUAUGGCUCCUUAUAACCUCGGUGGAACCGCCGUCCACGAGGUUGGUCAUUGGUUCAACCUCUUCCAUACUUUCCAGGAUGGUUGCACUGGUGGAGAUCUGGUUAGCGAUACCCCUGCUCAGGCUAGCCAGACGAGUGGAUGCCCUGCUCGACGGGAUAGUUGCCCUAACCAGGCUGGUGAUGACCCCAUCCACAACUUUAUGGAUUACUCCGAUGAGUAAGUUAUUCCCGAAACUUUGUUUGAUGCGAUUGCUAAUAAGUAUUGUAGUGUUUGCUAUGAGGAGUUUACUGCCGGUCAGAGGACCCGCAUGCACACUGCUUGGACCACUUACCGCAAGUAGAUUUGUGAUGAUGAGAUGACAUGUAUAUAAAUAUUUGUACAUACUUUUGCAUAGGAGCGAUGUGGAGUUUGCGAGUUGAUGGGAAUGACUGUAUUGGUGUUAUCUGGAUAGCGAGUAUGAGAUUAGUUAUGAAGGGAUGAGUAUGAGCUGAACUGUUUCACAUGUUUUGUGCAC